AUGUUUGUUUUAAAGGUAUUCGGUUUUAAAAUUCUUUAUUGUAAUAGUGAUGAACAACCACAACUAGAAACACACUCACAACCACAGUUAGAAACAAGAGAAGUUAAUAAUAAGAAAGGACAAUCUAAUCAAAAUUUUCAAAGUAAUGAUAGAGACAAUAUAUAUUUGGAAAGUUUUAAACGAGAAAUUAAUAAGUCUUUUGCUGAUUUUCAAUAUUUAAAAAUAAACAGAAAACAAUUUAAUGAACUAAUUACAGGUUAUAGACAAUUUGAAAUAGAUCCUAAUAAUUAUACAGAUACAUUUCUUAAAAGUCUUUUAAACACAAUUUUAGGAGAAAAUAGAAUUCAAUUUUUCUAUAAUAGUGAAAUAUACAAUGAGAUUUUAGAUUAUUUUAAAUGUUUUUUAAAAGGAGAGAUUUUCUUUAUUUUUUCUUAUGAUAAUUCUUAUUUUGUAAAAAAAGAAUAUUUUUACAGAUCAGAUAAAGAAUUGAUCAUUUUAAUUAUUGAGAUAUUAAGACAUUCAAAAACAUGCAAUCUUGAAGUUAUCUUUAAAACUAUCAAUAAAACAAUUGAGUUUUAUGAAAAAAGAAAUGCAUUGGAUGCUUUUUAUAAGUUAAUGCAAAGGAUUGAAAAUUUAAAGCAACUUCAGUUAAGUCAAAUUAAUUUUAAAAAAUUAGAAAUUGUUCAAGAUGUAAUUCAUAAUAAUUUUAGGCGUUUAAACAGUCAAUUUGACAUUCCUUACUUCCAAAAUAUUUCUAAUGAGAAUUUGAAAAUACUAUUUGCACAGAUUUAUUUAAAUAUUACAAAAUACAAACAAGAUUUAGAAUUAUGUUAUAAUGGAGGACCUGUGUAUUUAAAUAGUGUUGUAUCUUAUAAUCUAAUGAAGAGUUUUAACGAAGCUUUUAAUUGUAUUUUCCAAAAUAACAAAGAAGUUUUUAAAUUAUUCUUUUGGAUUUAUACUUUUAAUUAUAUUAAUUAUAUGGAUAUUGAUAUUAAUUUUAAAUAUAUUUUUGAACAAAUGCGUUUAACAUAUAUGAGAAGUUUUAUCUGA